AUGACUCAAAAGACCUACACCACUGCUCUCACAACCACAAUCGACAAUCCUCGUCUGAGGCUUCUCAACAAACUCAAAGCUGGGGAGUUCCCGUUGAUGACCUUUGUCGCAAUCCCCAGCGUACGCCAAGCCCAGAUCGUCGCCUUGACUGGCCUAGACGGAAUCAUCCUUGACUGUGAGCACGGGCACAUCGGGGAUGACUCGAUGCACAACUCAGUAGCGGCUAUUUCAGCCCUUGGAGUGUCACCCAUCAUCCGUAUUCGCGGACCCGCCCACGACAUCAUCAAGCGAGCCCUUGACACGGGUGCUCAUGGAAUCAUGGUUCCUCAAAUCAACAAUGCUGAGGAGGCCAGGCAAAUUGUCGCUUCCUCUAAAUUCCCACCGUACGGCGUUCGCGGCCAAGGCUCUGCGUUCCCUGCGAUUGGUCACGGUCUUACAACUCCCGAGUACAUGAAGUCGGCUAACGAAACCAUCAUCACCAUGAUUCAAAUAGAGACCCGCCAGGGCGUCGAGAAUGUCGAUGAGAUCGCUGCCACUCCUGGUGUGGACAUGCUCUUCAUCGGCCCCAACGAUCUUGCGCAGUCCCUUCUCGGAUAUGUUCCUGCUCGAGGAGACGAGCCUGAGUUUGUUGCUGCUAUUAAUAAGAUCAUUGAUGCGGGCCGGCGGAAUGGCAAAUGGGUGGCUCGUAUGGUGAAUAAUGGCUCUGCGGCGAAGGAAGAGAGACCGCGAUAUGAUACAGUGGCUAUCACAGGAGACACAAAGGCUAUCCAGAACUGGUAUAUUGACGAGUUUAAGAUUGCACACUCAUAG